UCCAUGUGGACGAGCCCGAUGGGGAGCGGGAUCGGCGGCCGCGGGUCGCCCCGGCGGGGCACAAGGAGGACGCGGCGCUGGGGCUUCGUGCGGCCGUGUGUGCCCUGGGGGAGCGGCGGCCCCUGGCCCCCCUGGGCAACGCCAUGGAGCUGAGCUUCGACUCUCCAAGUAUUAUGGAUAUUUCAAUAACCUCAGAACCAGAAGAGACAAAACCAGACGUUAAUAACGUGCCAGACUAUAUCAGCGAAAUCCAUACGUACCUUAGGGAAAUGGAGGUGAAAUGCAAGCCUAAAAUAGGCUACAUGAAGAAGCAACCUGACAUCACAAACAACAUGCGGGCUAUUCUUGUGGACUGGCUGGUGGAAGUUGGAGAAGAAUACAAACUACAGAACGAAACCUUGCACUUAGCUGUAAAUUACAUUGAUAGGUUUCUUUCUUCAAUGUCUGUUUUGAGAGGAAAACUUCAGCUUGUGGGUACCGCAGCCAUGCUGCUUGCAUCAAAGUUUGAAGAAAUCUAUCCUCCCGAAGUAGCCGAGUUUGUCUACAUCACGGAUGACACCUAUACCAAGAAGCAGGUUCUAAGGAUGGAGCACUUAAUUUUGAAGGUUUUGUCGUUUGACUUGGCAGCUCCAACGAUCAACCAGUUCCUCACCCAGUACUUCUUACAUCAGCAGACGGACGCUAAAAUGGAGAGCCUGUCAAUGUACCUUGGGGAGCUGAGUCUAAUUGAUGCUGAUCCUUACCUGAAAUACUUGCCAUCAGUUAUUGCUGCUGCAGCGUUUCUUCUAGCAGACUACACGCUCACUGGACGAACUUGGCCUGAAUCCCUGUGCAAAGUAACUGGCUACACCCUUGAAGACAUCAAGCCCUGCCUCGUGGACCUACACAACACCUACCUCAAAGCAGCCCAGCACACACAACAGUCCAUAAGGGAAAAGUACAAGAGUACAAAGAGUUCUAUGCUAGUCUGUUAAGUGCAUGAAUUGAUGCUGCUUUUUAUACAAAGCAGUUUGAGUAAAAGGAGUGACAUGGGCAAGAAGA